AUGUCAGGCACACAGGGGGUGCACUCCCCGCACUCCAAGCCGGUAGACCCCCAUCUCAGCGACCCGGUCAACGUGCUUCCACCCGACCUAACACCCGACUCAAAAAGCCGAAUCGCACUGCGUGGUGUGGGUAGUAAAGACGUACUCAUUCCCUACCUGAGUAUCGGCGCAUGGUCAUGGGCCGACAAAGCAACCUUCAACUACAACCCAACACGAGACCUACCGCGCAUUCACGCAGCAUGGGCCAAGCUCAAGUCUGUUGGGCUGACCUUCGUGGAUACAGCGCAGUCCUACGGCGACGGCGAGAGCGAGCGGAUAUGUGGAACCCUGUUCCGGGACAUGCCUUGCGACUCUUUCGUGGCUGGCGAGCCCAAGGCUAAACUUAAAGAUUCCCUCCUCCGUCUUAACCUGGACUACGUCGACAUCUAUCUCGUACAUGGGCCUAUUCAUCCUAGCAAGAUAUCCACGGUCGCUAAUGGCAUGCCCGACUGUGUGGAAUCUGAGAUGAUGCGCGCGGUUGGGGUGGCUAAUUACGAUACAACGGAGAUGAUCAAGAUAGCCGAUGAGCUGGCCAAGCACGACGUCCCGCUCUCUGUCUGCCAGUGCGAGUACUCAGUCGUCCGCCGCUCGCCUGAAGUCAGCGGCAUGAUACGAGAAUGCAGAAAGCGGAGUAUCUGCUUCCAGGGGUUUUCCUCGCUGGCCGAGGGCCGCGGCAGUUAUCCCAUGCAUAUACUGGAACCUACUAUCAAUGUCUUGAAGAGUAUUGCCGAGGGGCAGCAUGUGCCUGUUCCUGCUGUUGCACUGAACUAUUCUAUCAACAAGGGUGUUCUGCCACUGGUUGGCGUGCGCGAUGCUAGUCAAGCGGAGCAGGAUAUGCUGGCGUUUGGAUGGCGGCUGACGGAAGAUGAGAUGGAACAGAUUGGAGAAGUCAGUCUAGAGGGUAGUAGGUCCCCCUUUAUGCAGCAUGGGUAG